AUGUUGACUAAUUAUGUGGUUGGUUCAUUAGACAAUAAUCUGGUUCAAAUUCGUGUAUCUACAUUAGUGAGCUUACUCCAAACAGUCAUAUCUAUGGAUGUAGAAAAAAAGAAUCCGGAAAUUGUAAAACUAAUGAAUAAUAACACGAGAACAAUAGAUGAUCCUGUGGUCAUGCUGUCUGAAAUAUUUGAAGACUUUGAUAAUUCUGAGGAGCUCCUUUCUGAUGAAGGCAUACUUCUUUUCGAAGAAAACAUCGACUUUGUGCUUUUGUCUUCUGAUCUGAGAAUUUACUUUGAACAAAACAUACAACAAAGGAAAGAUU